GUAAGCAGGUCAAGCACUGUUUUUUUUUUUUUAUUCUCUAAAGUGAUAACUUGUGACAGCAGAAGGAAGGAAGCUGGUUGCAGUCAGGAUGAAGCUGUCACUGUUGUGUUUAUUUGUUCUUUUUCUGGCCUUUGUGAGCGGAGGACUUCUCACCAGCAAUGAUCUCCAAAGUGGCAGCAGCGAUUUGACAAAGAACUCCAGGAGGGCAGGCUUUUUUCCAAACAAACAUAGGACACUGUUUGCAAGAAGAGGGCAGUAUGAACAGCAUAAGCUUCUGAUGAUGAGGCCUAAAGUGUUGCCCAUUCUUCCAAAGUACUCGUCGACCAAUGCACCAAAACCUGCUCCUGCCACAUGUUCCCACCGGGGACAAAGCUGUUUGCCAAAUCAAGGGUGUUGUGAGCCGUGUUCCACAUGCCACUGCCACUUCUUCAAAGCCAUCUGCUUCUGUAGAAGGAUAAAUAUGAAAUGCAAUAAAAAUACAUAAAAAAAAAAAACAACUACCAAAAUAUGCAAUAGGACAUGCAAACGCUACAUUGAGUUGGUUAGAUAUGUCACUGUUGUGUUAAUGCAGACAUUACAUCAUUCAAAGUCACGUUGAAGGACUUUAUAUAACCUUUUGUUAAAAGCAAAUGCUUGCACAUCAUUCUAUGGUUUCAUUAACUGUGGGGAUUAAUUAGAACAAAAAUACUAUUAAACUGUUAUCAGUAUUUGUUGUACUUUUGUUUAAAUUUUCAUCAUUUUGUGAUAUUGUAUGCAGGAGCGCCGUAAAGGGGAGAAAAGUCCUGACGACUCUAAGGACCCUUGACUGACAGGGGCACUAGAAAAUUUAAUUUUCAAAUGGAACAUUGGAGUGGACUCCAAUUCCCAGGAAGCACAGCUAAUAUUAUGUUAUCAUGUAAAUGUAGCUAUCAGUCUGUUACCAUAGUUUUCUUUUAUUUUUGUGUAAUUUUAUUGUUUCCUACCAGAUUUAUGGGAAUUUCAGCUCAUGUCCUUCAGUCUUGAAUGUAUUAUCACGUUGUGUAGCAACACAAUACGCUAUCAGUGCAGUUUUUGCUCAUGUAAAAUAUAUGUGUAUAUACACAAGGUAUUGUAUUAAUAAGCACUAUUUUUGUUCAUGAAAUAUAUCAACAUACUGUAUAUU